AUGCCUGGGGUGGUUGACGUGCAAGGAGCUCCGCCGCCCUCGGGGCUUGGCUACUCAGUCAGCCAUCAGAAGGUCGAGCUCGAUAUCGACUUCACCAGCCGGAGCAUAAAGGGGAAAACAGAAAUCACCAUACACCCGGACUACAAGGACCUGAAGCUUGUCCGCUUGAAUUUCCGGCAGGGUCAGCUGAAGCGCAUCACCGUGGGCGGGAAGACUGCCACGUCGAAAUACGUCGACCCUUACGAGGCACUGCAGCUCUACGGUGUUCAGUACCACCGCAAGCUCUCCACGAAGCUUGAUGCCCUGUCGAAAACACCCCCCGAGCCAGAGCUGGUGAUCACAAUUCCGAAGUCUGUUCGCAUAGAGGAGCUAGACCCCUUUUCGGUUGAGGCGCAGACACAGCUAUCAUUAAGGGCCACUUCAGGCGGCGCCAACGGGACUGGUGGUGCGGACGAUACUGUGGAUGGAAAUCGUGCCGCCGAAGCUUCUCUUCCGAGGUUUACAGCAAUAACAAUACUCAUCGAAUUUACAAUCGAAAAGCCAAGGGAUGGGAUCCAGUUUGUUGGUCUCGAGAGCCGUGAUUUGCGAUACCCCCAUGCAUUCACUACCAACUCUUCUGAUACGGGAGAGUUCUGUUGCUUGUUUCCAUGCGUGGAUGACAUGUCUUCCCGGUGCACAUGGGAUAUAUCGAUUAGAUGCCCACGGACUCUAGGGGAUGUGUUUUCCAAGUCGCCCGAUAAUGGCGUCGUUAAUGGAACCAGCAGCCGAACAAAUAGCUCGAGGAAGACUGGACUUUCUGCCGAGGAUGCAGCGUUGGAUAUUGUUGUUGCAUGCUCAGGAGAUUUGACAGAUGAUAUACUCGACCCCAAGGACCAAACCAAAAAGACCGUAUCUUUCUCCUGUAAUACACCACUUUCCGCUCCGCAGAUUGGAUUUGCACUUGGACCGUUUGAAUAUGUCAAUUUGUCCCAGUUCCGUGAAAGUGAUGAAGAUGACCAGCUUGGCGCCAAUGCAGUUCCCGUCCACGCUUUCUGUCUCCCUGGAAGGGCAGACGAAGUGAGAAACACAUGUUUGCCGAUGGCAAAAGCAGUUGACUUUAUAUCUCUGACUUACGGUUCAUACCCCUUUGCUAGUUUUAAGCUGUGCUUUGUUGACGACCUCCGAGCGGACACACUACCCGCUGCAGGCUUCACCCUAUGUAGUGAUCGAAUACUCUUCCCAGAGAACAUCAUUGACAUGAUGUACGAUUCGACAAGAUGCAUAGUCCAUUCAUUAGCAUACCAGUGGGUUGGAAUCAACAUCAUUCCAAAGGAUCCUACCGACACCUGGGUGAUCACAGGUAUAUCCUACUACAUCACGGACACAUUUAUGAAAAAAAUCGGCGGAAACAAUGAGUACCGGUACCGACAGAAACUGCUAGCGGAUCGAGUGGUUGAAUUGGAUGUUUUGCGCCCAUCACUCUGGGAUAUGGGAGCCAUCCUCAAAAUCGACCCCUCCGAAAUGGAGUUUAUCUCUUUAAAAGCGCCACUUGUCUUAUACAUCCUUGAACGCCGAUUAUCCAAGGCAAGCGGCAAGGCUACUGUCUCUCGUAUCAUUUCUCGAAUCUUCUUAAAUGCACGAAUGGGUGACCUUCCAAACUGCGAACUCACGUCAGCGCAUUUUCAAAAACUUUGUGAACGCAUGGGCCACACGAAGUUAGAUGCCUUCUUCAGCCAAUGGGUUUAUGGUGCUGGCUGCCCGCGAUUUACUGCUAGCCAAAGAUUCAACAAGAAGAAGCUUGUAGUUGAGAUGAUGAUUUCUCAGGUCCAGAGUGAACAGGCAACUGCCCGUGACCUCGAACGAUCUACUUUUAUGAGAGACGUAAAGGAAGAGAUACGCAAUGUCUAUGCUGGAACAGUACAAAAUGUGUUUACGGGCUCAAUGACCAUACAAAUUCACGAAGCAGAUGGGACCCCUUACGAGCAUAUAGUUGAAAUCAAGGAGGCCAUCACGAAGUUUGAUAUCCCUUACAACACGAAAUAUAAACGUCUCAAGCGGAAUAGACGACAAAAGGAACGAGCUGCGGCCAUGUCCGGUAUUGAUCCUAGCAGUGAGACUCAAGAUGACGUGCUGCUUUACUGCCUGGGAGACGUCCUCCAAUCAGAUGAAGACAUGGAGAAGUGGAGGAUUGUUGAAUGGACCAAAGAAGAUGAGAGCCGCAUGGGACAAGAAUCCUACGAAUGGAUUAGAAUGGAUGCUGACUUUGAGUGGAUAUGUAAAAUGUCACUGGGUAUGCCGGGAUAUAUGUAUCUAUCCCAGCUGCAGCAAGAUCGUGAUGUGGUUGCACAGCUUGAGUCUAUACAACAUAUGGCUGCACAACGAGAGCACGCCCUGAUAUCGAGUAUCUUUGUUCGGACAAUACUAGAUCGUCGAUAUUUUCAUGGAAUUCGAACAGCAGCUACGAAAGCACUGGUCAAACAUGCCAAACAGGAAGUUGACUGGAUUGGCCUCUUUCACCUAGAAAAUGCUUUCCAGGAGCUAUAUUGCCUCCCAAAUUCAUCUAUGGCCCGUUCGAAUGACUUUUCAGACCGGUCCUCAUACGCAGUGCAGUUGGCUCUUAUUGAGGCAAUUUCAGAAGUGCGGGAUGAAGAUGGUAGGACCCCAAUGAGAGUAAAGCAAUUCCUCUAUGAGAAGCUGAAAUUCAACGACAACUCCAACAAUGAGUACUCCGAUUGCUUUUACAUAUCGACGCUGCUCAAAUCCAUCUGCAACGCACUGCUUGGCCGAAGAGAAAGCAGGUCCGACGAUGGCAAUUUCGAUAUUAACAAAGAAAUUGAACGCCAGGCGGAGGAACAGCUCGACAAGGACUGCAUUGCCGAGAUUGACAGAUAUCGACGAAUCGACGAAUGGGCUGGUUCGUUCAGAAAUAUCUUCUCAAGGACUUCACUCGAAUGCCAGAAACGACUUAUGAAAGCCAGAAUGCUUGAUGUCGACAUUAUCCAGUUUGCUCAAUACACACGCGCUGGGAUUCUGGAAGAAUUGAGGCUCAAGGCUUUCGAAAUUCUACUGGAGUUCAAAUUGUUCGAGCACCCUGAGCUCAUAACAUGGUACAUUUACAACAUGUCAGCAGACCCCUCACCUUGGAUCCGACGGAACCUUUACCGCAUGUUCGGUGAAGCCCUCGCAACUAUUGCAUUUGGCAUGGAAUCAGAGACUUCUGGCUCCUUGGAAAGUAGCUCACUUGUUAUUGAGCAAGAAUCGUCAACCGAAGCUCGACAAGUCCAGUUGGCUAGAAGGCAAACGGUUCCUGGAGCUCUAGAUGCCUUGAAACAAGAACUUGGUUCAAAUAAAAUCCUAAAAGAGGCACUAUGGGCAGCAUGUAACUCACCGCGAGCGAGUCUCGUAGAGCUAUGUGACUUCGUCUAUGCCCUUGGUGCCUUGUACCAUCCUGUUGAGCAAGCAUUGGUCCGCCUGAAGUAUCCUCGCUACUGGAAAACACAGCACCUAGGAAACGGAAAAAUGAAAUUCUUCAGAUCUGACCGAUUCCGCACCCGCCCAGUGGGCAGCACUACCACGACUACCACAACUACAUCAAAGGCCACAACCGCACCUGUGCCUACUCCCACCGUGAAGAGGAAGCGUGAACAAGAUACCAAUGGCACUGCUCCACCUCUCAGUCAUAGACUUACACUCAAGGUUCCUAAAUUGGGCACCUUAUGCUCCCCGUCACCACAACCGCCUCCCCCAUCUUCUGCCGUUAAGCCGAAGAUCAAGUUGAAGCUCAAAGCUAAGAGCUCAAACUUUUCUCCAGGUUCAUAA